CCAUAACUUUGCCAAAGAAGCAUGCAAGAAUCGAAGGUAAGGAACAAAUUCACGUGGGGUUAAUUAGUAACCAUGACUCAUCUAUAUCGGUAUCUAAUUAAACCUCAGAUCAACCACCAAAUAACAUCCUCGUAAUUAUAACCAUAAUGGCACUCAGCAACAACGUGAUAGGGGCCAUCAACUUCGUCGCGGUGCUUCUCUCAAUUCCGAUCAUUGCUGCAGGGAUCUGGCUAACAACAGAGCCAGCAGAUUCCUGCGUCAAAAUCCUUCAAUGGCCUGUCAUAAUCUUGGGGGUUCUCAUACUUCUGGUGGCUCUGGCAGGGUUUGUAGGAGCCUUCUGGAGAAUCCCUUCGCUUCUCGUCUUCUACCUCGUUGCCAUGUUCCUCCUUAUUGUCUUGCUUCUUAGCUUGGUCGUUUUCACCUAUGCUGUCACCCUUAGAGGCCAUGGCAACAUUGAACCCAAUCGUUCUUACUUGGAAUAUCGUAUCGAUGAUUUCUCACUUUGGCUUCGCCGAAGAGUACGAAGCUCCAACAGAUGGGACAACGUUAGAAGCUGUCUUAUGUCGUCAAAGAUAUGUGCUGAGUUGGAUCAACGCUACCGAACGGCGCAGGACUUCUUCAACGCACACCUAAACCCCAUUCAGUCAGGGUGCUGCAAGCCCCCAACAAAAUGUGGUUACACGUUUGUGAACCCAACGUAUUGGAUUAGCCCCAUCAACAUGGCAGAAGACAUGGAUUGCACGAAAUGGAGCAACGACCAAGCACAACUUUGCUACAACUGUGACUCCUGCAAAGCUGGUUUGUUGGCAACCCUAAGGGUGGAGUGGAGAAGGGCCAAUGUGAUAUUGAUCGUUACUCUUGUUGCUUUAAUUGCACUGUAUUUGGUUGGCUGCUUUGCUUUUAGGAAUACCAAAACGGAUGACCUCUUUCGCAAAUACAAGCAAGGUUACUCUUGAUUCAGAACAUCCAAUAUGUUUCAUAAUUUGAGGAAAUCUUAGGGUUAGAUAAUGAACACUAAAUGUUGAUUGGGGUGGAGAGUGGAACUGGGUCAUUUUGUGUUCUCUUAAUUAUUGGAUUUUUUUUUUUAUUCUAGAGAAACGAAGAAAUCCGUAAAAUGUAUUGAUUUGUGUUAUUUGCUUUGAUGUUAAAUUUUACAAGACUUUUGUUUUUCCAUUUAA